GCGGCAGAGCGGCGACUGGGUUAAACACGAAGAAGAUGGAAACGCGCGUGACGUGAGCUGAUGAACCAGGAAGAGGGAGAAGAAGCUGGAGCGGAGACUCAUAAACAAACACACCGAGCAGAAGAACAGCGAGAAUACACCGAGAAACAGCAGCGGACAGCGACAUGGACGACACACUCUUCCAGCUCAAGUUCACCUCGAAGCAGCUGGAGAGACUCGCCAAGAAGGCCGAGAAAGACUCUAAAUCUGAGCAGGCCAAAGUAAAGAAGGCUCUGCAGCAGAAGAAUGUGGAGUGUGCGCGUGUGUACGCAGAGAACGCCAUCCGCAAGAAGAACGAGGGCCUGAACUGGCUGCGGAUGGCGUCUCGAGUGGACGCGGUGGCCUCUAAAGUGCAGACGGCGCUCACUAUGAAGGGCGUGGCCAAGAACAUGACGCAGGUCACCAAAGCGCUGGACAAAGCCCUGAACUCCAUGGACCUGCAGAAGGUGUCGGCCGUCAUGGACAAGUUCGAGACGCAGGUCCAGAAUCUGGACGUACACACCUCGGUGAUGGAGGACUCGAUGAGCUCCGCCACCACCCUCAGCACGCCGCAGCAGCAGGUGGAUGAUCUGAUCCUGCAGAUCGCGGAGGAGAGCGGCCUGGAGGUGGAGGACCAGCUGAGUCAGCUGCCGGCCGGAGCCUCCGCCCUGGGGGAGACAUCAGCCCGCGCACAGGAGAAGGAGGACCAGCUGAGCCGACGGUUGGCUGCUUUACGCAACUGAAGAUCUUCAGAAUCACUCAAUCUGUGCUGUUUGGACUUUAUCAGAGGAGGAUUUUUAUAACACACACGCACACACACACGCACACACACACACACACACACACACACACACACACACACACUCCUCUCGUCUUCAUGUUUGUUGUUUUCUGCUGUUUUGCAUCUUUAAGCUGAGCGGCGGCGGCGAUCCCCUCACGCCUUACUGCACGAGCAGUGCUCCACACGUCCAGUGCCUCCGCCACAGAGUGUGUGUUUGUGUGUGUUUGUGUGUGCGUGUGUGUGCGCGUGUGUGUGUGUGUGUGUGUGUCCUCUUAUCAUCUCUGCUUCACUCCUCCUGGUGUUUUCUUGUGCGCAUCCGUCAUGUAAAUAAGCGAGUGUAAUCUCCGUCAGCGCUCAGUGAUCCGCUGCUUCUGUUUCUGUAACUUUAGUCAGAGGUUUAUUUACUUUAUAUGAGAUUCCUGAGGAGCAGAUUCAACACACACACACACACACACACACACACACACACACACACACACACACUGUUCAUUACAGUACAGAACCACAGCAGAUACACACGUCUGCAAUGCUGAGCGCCGUUGUGGAGAUCCCUGAAGACAGAACACUGAGAUUAUGUGGAGUAUUGCUGCAGAACACACACAUACACACACUUUAAUACCGUUAGUGUGUGUGUGUGUGUGUGUGUGUGUGUGUGUGUGUGUGUGUGUGUGUGUGUGUGUGUGUGUGUGUGUGUGUGUGUGUCACUGUAUGAAGUGCAGAACACAUGUAUAUGAUCUUUUCUGUCAGUCUGAUGUGUGUUCCUGUCAUUAAUGAAUAAAGCUGAGUUUUGGAGGA